UGAAAAGCCUCGAGUCCCAAGACAGUCAGUCGAAAAAUGUCCUGCAUGCAAAGAGAACGACGCGCAAGAUAAACUCCGAGAAACCUAAGAGAAGAAUAAAGACGCUCAGGAAAUGGCAAUCUGGGAGAAGCAGAGCGGAGAGAUCAAGGCUCACGUCAAGGUUGCCGAAGAGCAGAGCGAUGAUGCUACGGCCGAUGAGUUGCAGAAGAUGUUGAAGAAUUGCAAUAAGCUUUGGAUGAAUAAGGCUGUCAAGGUUCUUCACGAUACAAUGAAGGAUGAGACACCAAUUCCAAGGGUUGCCGACAUAUUCAGAAAUGAUCUGGAUAAGUUGGCCGAAAGAGUCGACUCGCUAAUUGACACUCUAAAUUCAGUUGGAGAAGAAGGUCUUGAAGCUGAACUCCUUUCGGGACUUCAAAAGCUGCAUAACUUAUCUGAUGGUCUUUCGGCUUUGGAACGGAGGUUUGAGGAGCCGACCCAGCGUGAUCUUCGUAUCUUUGACGAUGAAAUGGAGAUGUAUGGCGGAGAAUUGGUGUACAUUCUGAAGCAGCUGUUGUCUACAACAAAGUCUAAGGCAGAGAAGUGAUCACUAUGGUGGCCAGACGGGAUGAAUGGAACAGCGAGGCGAAGACAUGGUAUCACAACAACGUGGGUCAAAUCAAAGCACAAAAAGCGGCAUGUAAUGGGGCAGACUUGAAGUACGGGAG